AUGUCUAAAAGAAGUGAGCAGCAGGUAAGGCAUGAUAUUUUUGCGUUGAUGUACACAUCUUUCGUUAACAAGGUUGUCAAGGACGGGGCGGGAAAGGAUGGGGGGAUGUUCAGAAUUGGAGCAAGGAUCGGGGAAAGGAUGGCUGAUGACUUCUUCUUCACAGCAAGCCCUAGAAAGCCGAUGGGUCUACUCGAUGUGUCAAGAGAUGUAUCUGAGACAUUCUUUCCACACUACUUCUCGUUCCGCCCCGCAUACAGCCAAGGUAUCAUUGCCCUGGGAAAGUUCCCGAUGCUUCAGUACACCAGAAGGGAAAAGGAAUGCCUAGAGAUGAUAUGCGGAAUCUUAGAAGGGGUAUAUGGCUACGUGUCGAAGGAGGGCAUUUCAUUUGAGGCAUCGGAGUACAACGGGGAGUAUUGUAUAAUAGUGAGAGACGGGGAGCGUAAGGACCCUGUCGUGAUGAGGUUCAAUGAAGAAGUAGACGAGGGCCAAGGCAUUUGUUUUGAGCCCCGGGAUGUUGUUUCUUCCAAAUAA